AUGGACGAGGAGCGGGCUCACACAUAUUCGGAUCUUAAAGACGCUUUGCUCACAAAGUUUGACAUAUCCCCGGAGACUUACAGACAGAAGUUCCGGACGGUGACAAUUCCUGCUGGAGAGAACCCUGCGGAGACGUACCACCGCCUCAAGGGGCUCUACCGCCGAUGGAUCCCGGAGCGGCACACAAAGGAGCAGAUCGGAGAGCAGAUCCUCCUGGAGCAGCUUCUGCGUGUUUUCCCCGCAGAUAUCCGCACCUGGGUGAAGGCGCACGAGCCGACAGAGGGCCUAGCGGCGGCUAAGCUAGCACAGCAGUACCUCAACGCUCGGAGAGGAGGUCCAGCGCCUUACCAAGGUGGUCCCGGACGUCAGACUCCAGCACGGACCAGCUCUGCCAGAGCCCACACACAGCAGUCUGGAGACUCCAACCAUGCAACCAGCCAGCGCGGAUCUGGUAAGGACUUUCCGGUGCUGCGGAGCCCCGACUUCGAACACCGGUUCCUGGUCCAGACUGACGCUUCUGCCGUGGGACUAGGAGCGGUCCUGGCUCAAGGGGACCCCGGAGAAGAACAUCCUGUACUGUAUCUGAGUCGGAAGCUGCUGCCGCGAGAGACCAGGUACUCUACCGUAGAGAAGGAGGGCCUGGCCAUCAAGUGGGCUCUGGAGAGCCUGCGGUACUACCUGCUGGGAAGGGAGUUUGACCUUGAGACGGACCACCGGGCGCUGACUUGGAUGAAUUCCAUGAAGGACCACAACAGUCGUCUCACCCGCUGGUACCUCUCCCUUCAGCCGUUCCUGUUCAAGAUCCGCCAUCGAGCUGGGAAGACCAACGUCGUGGCAGACUACCUGUCCAGGUUGCCGCACAUCGUCAACCUCGGGGAGGAGGGGAAUAAUGUGACGGAGCGCCAGUGA